AUGCUGUCCCUCGUAGCACUGGUGCUGGCGCCUGGUCUUGCGCAGGAGGCGGUGCUGCAAGUGCCUUUCGCGUACUCGCAAGAUGAUCUUGGAAACCAGGAAGCUGCCAUGACGUACUUCGAGACAAGGUACUACAACAACGAGAACCGCUGGUCCUUGGGCCAAAAGGAUUUAGCAGACGCUGUUGCCAUGGCGAGAUUGGCUUUUCAAGAGCAGUCUCUGGCUCUUGGCGCUGCGCAAGUGCUGUACCUCUAUGCAUGGUUCACCAGGGCAGGCGACAUUAUGCGCGACAACAUUGUACUGUCUGCUCAGUUGUUCGAAAUCAGUAUCAACUAUGCGGGGUGCUCCCGUGACCUACCGACGGAAUACUGGCUACAGCUCGGUUGCGACAUUCGCUUUGGUCAGCCUGCCAUUUUGUACGCCUGGCUGCAGGAAACGGAGCCAAGCGGCUCCGCCGUGACCUCCAUCUACCGGGAACGCGCCACCCAGCUCUUGGAGUACCUGAAGACGGUGCCGCGAUUCGCAGACGCCGGAAAAACCUGGACCUCUCCCUGGGACAUGAACUUCAACCAGCUUCGAUACCCAGACAUACCAGCUAAGCCAAUCUGGAACGCCAGCAAAGUACCCCUGGCGGUGUUUCUUGAAGAAAAUUACGGAACUUUUCGCUCCGAGCUUGAAGGCAUCAUCAAUGCUGUGGAUGUUGAAGAUGGUUAUGAAGCGAUACGACGGGCAGAUGUCUCCGUCGAGUCGCUCUCUACACCUGGUGGUUGGGAUGCCAUUCGAAUCGUUCGAUAUGGUAACUGGAAUGAAGCUUUCUGCAGCUUCGCGCCAAAGACUUGCGCGCUUUUGAAAACUCGCAAAGAGUUGGUGAACUGCCCGUAUGUCAACACCAACUACUACAAGCUGUUCCCAG